AUGGAUUCCUCCUUCCCCUCUUAUGUUACGGAUAUUUUACUGCCAUGCCUGCUAAUAUUUGCAAUCAUGCUCCCCAAAGGCAUGUGUGCUUUGAGAGUGCAUUGUAAUGAAAAAGACCACAACCUUCUCUUAAACUUCAAACACACUGUUACUGAUCGAUCUCACAUCCUCUCUAGUUGGUCUCACGAGCAACAUUGCUGCGAAUGGGUUGGAGUUCAAUGUGACAACAUCACUGGUAGAGUCACAGAGCUUAGUCUCCCUUGUUCUCCUGAACUCUCUGCUAAUACUUGUGAGUAUGACAAAGUAAACUGUCUGGCAGGUGAACUUCACUUAUCUUCGCUUCAACUUGAAUUUCUGAAUUACUUGGAUUUGAGAAAUCAUGACUUCCAAGCUGUCACCCUCAAUGAUUGUCCUCAUUCAUGUGAAAAUAUUAAUUCUUCCAAUCUUCUUUAUCUUGAUUUAUCAUAUAAUGAGGAUCUCCAUUUUGAUCAUCUUCAUUGGCUUUCUAUUUUUCCCUCCUUGGAACGUGUUAACCUUAGUGGCAUUAAUCUUCAAGGAAAAGUUGACUGGAUUCAACUACCAACUCUGCUUCCUUCAAUCAAAGAGUUACGCUUUGAUAGCUGUCAACUUAGAAACAUCAAUCCAUUUCUCCAGUAUGUCAAUCUUACUUCACUUGAAUUCAUUGGCCUUUCUGAUAACAGCUUUAGCUCUCUCUUGCCUGUUUGGUUAUUCAAUCUUAGUGAUCUCACUUUUAUUGACUUGAGCUAUAAUAAUUUUCAAGAUCAGUUCCCAAAGGGGUUACUAAACCUUCAAAAAUUACAAACCUUGUAUUUAAAGCACAACAAACUUGUCGGAUCCAUUCCAGUUUGGUUAGGCCAACUUGAACAUCUACAAGAAGUUGAUGUUACUGAAAAUUUAUUUUCUGGUCCUAUCCCCUCAACUUUGGGAAAUUUAACAUCCUUGACUCACCUCCGUGUCUCCUCAAAUCAUUUAGGGGGUAGUCUUCCAGAAAGUCUUGGGCAACUAUUGAACUUGGGCGUAUUAGAAUUUGAUGAUAAUCACUUAACAGGCCAUGUGUGUGAAAGAAAUUUUGCCAAUCUCUCAAAGCUGACUGUUCUAUCCGUGGGAUCUCCAGGCUUGAUCUUUGAAUUUGACUCUCUUUGGAUUCCUCCUUUUCAACUUGAACAAGUUGGUUUGUCAUACGUGGUGGGUCCUAACCUUCCUACAUGGCUAUAUACCCAAACAUCUCUUGCGUUAUUACAAAUUACUUACUCAAGCUUUUCAUUGGAAUCCCAAGACAAAUUUUGGGACCUUGUGGCCCAAGUGCCACGCUUGUACUUAACGUACAACACAAUUGUUGCGGACAUCUCUAAUGUGUUACUGAACUCUACAGACGUAAGGUUAUAUUCAAAUCAAAUCCGAGGAACCCUCCCUCGAUUGUCACCGAAUGUUGUCUGGUUCAAUGCCAAAAACAACUCUUUCCAUGGAUCCCUUUCUCCAUUAUUAUGUCAAAACAUGAAUGAAAGAAGCCAGUUAAUAUAUUUGGUCUUGUCUGAUAAUUUUUUGUCAGGUGAGCUAACAGAUUGUUGGACGAAUUGGAAAUCGUUAGCUAUUAUUAGUCUCAGCAACAAUAAUCUAGCAGGAACAAUCCCCAGAUCAUUGAGCUUUUUGUCAAAUUUUACAGUUUUGCAUCUCAACAAAAAUAACUUACUUGGGGAGUUACCUUUAUCAUUGAAAAAUUGCCAGAACCUGCAAGACCUUGAUGUUGGAGAAAAUAAACUAUCAGGGUACAUACCAUAUUGGAUAGGACAUAAUGCAAGGGUUCUCCGAUUAAGAUCCAAUCAAUUUAGUGGAACUAUUCCCCCACAAAUUUGCCAAUUAACUACACUCAUAGUAUUGGAUUUUGCGGAGAACAACAUAUUUGGUUCAAUACCGCCUUGCCUACAUAAUAUGAAAGCCAUGGCAUUCCCUCGUUCUUCAGAGCUUUCUAGCAUUUGCAUCACAAGUCAAGGCGUUGUUUACAAAAUCAUUGUCAGUGCUAUGUUGCAUAUAAAAGGCCAAGAAUGGUUCUAUGAAGGAAACUUGAGAUUCAUGCGUAGUAUUGAUCUAUCCAGUAACAACUUAUCUGGAAUGAUACCUCCAGAUCUAUACAGCCUCUUUGAAUUGCUUUCUUUGAAAUUGUCUCAUAAUCGAUUUGAAGGGAACAUACCAAAAGAGAUUGGCAACUUGAAACAGUUGGAGUCUCUUGAUCUUGCAAACAAUCUACUUUCAGGUGAAAUUCCUCAAAGUAUAGCUCAAUUGUCUUUCUUGGAAGUUUUGGACCUUUCUUUCAAUAAUUUCUCAGGAAAGAUCCCAUUAGGGACCCAACUUCAAGGGUUUGCUGCACAAAGUUAUAUUGGAAAUCCAGAACUAUGCGGAGUUCCACUGCCAAAGAAUUGUGCAGAUCAAAAUGACAUGAAACCUGUUGAAGAAAAUGACAAUCAAGAAAAUGAAUUUCUGCUUUCAUUCUACAUGGGGCUGGGAGUGGGAUUUGCCAUAGCUUUUUGGGGAGUCUGUGGUGCCAUUUUUUUCAAUAGGAAUUUCAGGUGUUCUUACUUCAGAUUCCUCUAUCACAUCAGAGACAAGCUUUACGUGUUGAUGGUCCUCAAGAUGAAUCGUUUCCGUUGA